AUGGCAUCGAGGAGGAGGACGCUGAUGGUGCUCGGUGCCCUUGGAGUCGUGUGCCUGGUGUGGGCUCAUGCAAUGGCCGGGAGGUUGGUGUACGGUCGGACUCGGCUGCUUCAAAUCGGCGGUGGGUUUGACGUGGCAGGAGUAUGGUGGAAGAAGAUCGCACCAAGCAAGGGAAGCAUUCGCAAGGAAGCUCUGAAGAUGGUGAAGGAGAUGAAGCAGGAUGAGCAGCUUGAGAAGGAGGUGAAAGGAAUCCAGAGCGCUGAAGCGAAAGCAAGGGCUGUGCUCCAUGGAAACUCAGGCGGAAGGAUGAUGGAGCUGCAUGAGACUAGUGGGAAGGGAAUGGAUGACCUUGGCAUUAACGUUCCAAGUUUGAAACAUUUCCAAAAAGCAGCAGCUUCGGGGGAUUACUAUCAACGCAAAUACCGAUAUGGCGACUCCGCCAACAAGGCUGAGGACACGAAGGCAGGCGACAAGAAGAACUCAAAGCUGCUCGAGCCAGGUUCCUACCCUGCCGUUGGCUUCCCGUGGGCUCAGACCAGCAUCGACACCGCCUACUCUAACGGCCCAGCCAAGACCUUCGACACGCCACCUGACGUCACUUGCCCGCGUUUCAUCCCCAACUGCAACCCGCAGCUCAACACGUUGAAGAGCUGCGACGCGAGCUGUGGUGCCUUCUGUCAGGCCCUCCGAGCCGAUGGGCCCUGCCUGUCCGGAGACUCCGAGGGCGAAUGGCGAAACUGCAAGUUCGGGUACCGUGGAGCCAAGAGCACGCCGUCGUCGGAGGAUGAGGAGAGCGGGUGGCUGGAGGCGCCUGAGAAGUGGGAGGUAGGAGGUCCUACAGACUGCAUGACGUGCCCAGUUGGGUUCAAGGUUCUUCCGAUGUACGGUGAUGGGACGGGGAAGUGCGUGCCGUGCGAGGAGGGAUGGGUAGAUCCUGAGACGGGAAUCAUCACGGAGGAAGGGUGCCGAGGGGGGCAGUAUGCGGUCUUGAAGGCAGGGGAGGAGCCAGGUCAGAAGGAGGGCACUGAAGACUUUGGGAUGCUUGCGGGAUGCUUCUCGACCUCGGAGCUUCCUGCCGACGGCUCACAGAUCCUGGCCAAGAUCCCAGACGAAGUCAAAGAGACUCCGUUUUUUGAGGGGUAUCCUGGCGACUACUACCCGGCACAGGUGAUGGGAUACGAUGCAGACGAAGACAAGCUUGCGAUCAAGUUCGACGAUGGGGGACCCUUCGUCCCGCUCUCAGAGGGGAUUUCUGCCAAAGUCGGAGAUGACUUUGUGCCCAUUCCCAAGACAGGAGAUAAAGUUACCAUCUCUCAAGCCUACUGGGACGACUGCUGCUCCGAGGAGUACGACCCUUCCAUCAGUGGGCCCCUCAUGCUCGGAGAUGUAGGAGAGGUCACCUCCUCCCUCCCUCCAGAGGCCAACGAGGCUGCUCCCUACACCGUCCUCGCUCCAAACGGAGUCAGAUGGAUGUACAGUGCUGGAGAAAUUCUCCCCGUGAUAGGAGAGGUCAAGUGCUCCCUUCCCGGUCUUGUCCACAUCAACACUGUGGGGCCGGAGAUGAACACGCUGAAGGAGGUUGAAGAGCCCCCUGCUGGGAUGACGGCCCUCCCCGAGGACCCGGAGUGCUGCUGCUGCACUCGAGACCUUUGGGUGGGAUGCUGGGGCUGGUGUGGCGACCAAACGGUCGCUCCUCCCAUCUUGAGUCGAUCGGCGCCGCACUUCCGUGCUGGGUACGGAGCGAAGCCUGGGGAGGUAGGGGGGCCGGGUCGAGGAGAGUACCCGAUGCAAGAGCCUCCCAUGUGA